UGAUUGUUUACAGUUGCCAUUCAGUCUCCGUUAAAGUGUCGGUGAGCAGCUCUGUCUGCCUGUCUGUCUGCCUGUCCGCUGUGGAUGUUACGUUACCGACAACUAUCCCGUGAUUACUUUGAGACCGAAGGAAACGUAUCAGACGGACGCCAUGCAUCGCUGCCUGGGAUUCUUCCUGCUGCUCUUCUGCGGGACGCUGCAGAUGGGCUCUGGACUCAGCUGCUAUAAGUGCACUGGUUACACUGGUCUCUGUGAGGACGUGCAGGACUGCACGUACGAAGACUCGUGCAUAUCUCUGAGUGAGAAAGGAGGGAAGACCAUCCGUCAGUGUAUCCGGUACACAGACUGUAAUACCGGUCGUCUCAGCCAGAUGUUCCCGUCCAUCUCCGCCUUCACGUACCGCUGCUGCAACAGCAACCUCUGCAACUCCGGCAACGCUGUCACCACGGCAACGCCGGCCCUGGCCCUGGCGGCGUCCGUGCUCAGCGUUUGGUGGAGCUGGAUCUGAAAU